UGAAAAUAACUUGAACUUUAAUAAAUAUUUAAAAAUGCGACCAUCCUAUCUAUCGUUGGCUCUUGCCAUAAUCUUCAUUAUGGCGAUCAUGGAUGCAUUCGAAACGAAAGCAAAAGCUCUUUCUGAAGCCGAUUCAUGGCCUGAUUUGUUUGAAAUACUCAAACCUAUUAUUAGCAAACCUAUAAAAGGAAUAAAGAAGACUGCGACGCACAUUGCCACAGAUGUCAUGGAUGCAAGUAAACUGUAGGACAAGAUGCGCGAUAAGGAAUUAUAAGAGUCUUUACAAAAUGUUGCUGAAGAGUAUGAAUGUUAUUGUACAGUAAUAAAAAGGAUAAUCGGAAUGAACAUCGAGUGCCUGUUUCUGCGAUGCUUGUUUCCUACUAUCUGAAAACGAGUUCUGGGUACAAUCUAUCGCAUGCUCAUU